CAGGGAUGAGCCCAGCAUCAUUCAGCUUCUACAGUUGACACAAAACCAAAACCAUGUACAAACUGUUCAUCUUCGCCGCAAUCCUCGGGCUGGCUGCCGCCAAGCCCCAAGUCUACGGCCCAGUGGUCAGCGCCAACUCGGCUCUGGCGUACUCCGCCCCGGCUCUCUCCUACGCUGCCCCGGCUGUAUCCUACGCUGCCCCUGCUGUAUCCUACGCUGCCCCAUCGGUCUACUCCGCCCCUGUGUCAUACAGCGCCCCAGUAGUGUCCUACUCCGCCCCUGUUUCGUACGCCGCUCCUUCGGUUUACGCCAAGCCUGUGGUCAGCUACUCCGCUCCGGCCGUCUCCUACUCCCCCGCCGCCGUCGCCCCCGUUCAAGCUUACUCCUCUCCUGUAGCGUACUCUGGAUACGCCGCUGCCCCCGUAGCGUACCCUGGCUACGGCUACGACCUCGGAUACAAUGGUUACCCUGUCUAUUACUACAAGAAGAAGUAAAAUGUACAAUUUAACUGCACAUGUCAAAUUUAAGCAGCUUUAAGACCCAAAGAUUUAUGUACCUGUUAAUGUGAUUUUAAAUGUACCACUCUACAUGUAAUAAUUAUAUGCUUUUGAAAUUUGACAAA